AAAAUCAAUGUAUUGUAGAAUUAAAGGGUCAGCGUGGAUGGCCGAAGAUAUGCAUUCUAUAUUGUUAGGCAACCCUACUGUUCUUCUUGCCGUGAUCCUCGGUAGCACCAUCAUUUUUAUUCUAUUGAUCCAACCGCGCCACCUGCUAUAUUCUUCUCCAAAGGCGGAUUCCAUGGCUGCUCGGAGCUUUGUUCUUUGGCUUCACGGGCUUGGUGACUCUGGCCCAGCUAAUGAACCCAUCAAGACUCUCUUUAGGUCUCCCGAGUUCCGAAACACAAAGUGGUCUUUCCCUUCUGCUCCUGAAAACCCCGUCACCUGCAACUAUGGAAUGGGGAUGCCUUCUUGGUUUGACAUCCAUGAGAUUCCUGUGACAGCUGAUUCUCCAAAAGCUGAAAGUGAUGUCCUUAAAGCUGUUCAGAAUGUGCAUGCCAUGAUAGACAAAGAAGUGGCUGCUGGGACGAAUCCUAAUAAUGUAUUUGUGUGUGGAUUUAGUCAAGGAGGUGCCUUGACCUUGGCUAGUGUUCUGUUGUACCCUAAAAAGCUUGGUGGGGGUGCAGUCUUCAGUGGAUGGGUUCCUUUCAAUUCUUCAAUAAUAGAAAAGUUCCCAGAAGAUGCAAAGAAGACACCUAUUUUAUGGUCCCAUGGAAUGGCUGACAAAACUGUACUUUUUGAGGCUGGACAAGCAGGGCCCCCUUUCCUUGAACAAGCAGGAGUAACCUUCGAAUUCAAGGCUUAUCCUGGUCUUGGCCAUUCAAUAAGCAACGAAGAGCUGCAGUUCCUCGAAUCAUGGAUUAAGACUCGUCUACAAAGUUCUUCUUAAAGGUUUAAAUAUCUUGAGAAUGGCAUCUAAUUAUCGUCAUUGAUUUUUAGUGAAAUUGUUAAAUAAUUAAAUAUUACAAUACAUGUGUGGGUAACGUAUGAAGAUAUUUUUCAUCUCCGGAAUGUUAUAAGUUGGGAUUGUUGC